AUGCUCUAUGUAAUUGGCUUGGGCUUGUCAACCAUUGAAGAUAUUUCCAUAGCUGGUCUAAACGCUAUUCAAGAAUGUGAUUACGUCUUUCUUGAUGCAUACACAUCAAUUCUUACCCAUGGAAUUGAAAAAGUUUCUGCAUUUUGUGGCAAAGAGGUUAGAAAAGCUGACCGCGAAUUUACGGAACAGGAUUCCUUGAUGAUAUCUCUUGCGAAAGGUGAAAAUGUUGCUUUUUUGGUGAUCAAGGAAAAGUCAUUGGACAAUUUGCUCCAUGAUCGUGACAUUUACGAGCCUCCGCGAUUCAUGCUUUGUUCGGAAGCUGCCUAUCAAAUUCUCGAAGCCGGUUGUCGUAUUCGACAAAGGUUUAUGGAUGCUUCCGCUGAUCCAGACGUCGAGGCGCCCUGUGAACCGGAACCAGAGAUCUACCUCCACCCUGACUGUCUUGCUAUUUGCCUGGCGCGGGUAGGAUCUCCUACCCAGGCUAUGCUGGUUACAACAAUGGGUAUUCUAUCGACUACCUUAUUGACUGGGGAUACAGAUAAUCAUCCUAACAUCCUUAGCGGUCCUCUGCAUAGCCUGAUCAUUCCUGGUAAAUUACAUCCAAUGGAAAUCGAGUUUCUUGCUGCCAGACUUCUGAUAGGCGAUGGGAAGGAGGACCUAGAAAACGUACCAAAUGGAACUUCGUUGCCUGUUCUUUUGCCUCCAACAAAGGCCAGCCGUAGUUUCAGGGAGCGCGUCGAAGCCAUGUUUGAUAGACAUCAUGAGUUACUGUCUACGAAUUUCUAA